ACAGAAACCAAGGUGUACGUUGGUAACCUGGGAACUGGUGCUGGCAAAGGAGAGUACGAAAGGGCUUUCAGUUACUAUGGCCCCUUGAGAAGUGUGUGGAUUGCAAGAAAUCCUCCGGGAUUUGCCUUUGUGGAAUUUGAAGACCCUAGAGAUGCAGAAGAUGCAGUUCGAGGCCUGGAUGGCAAGGUGAUUUGUGGUUCCCGAGUGAGGGUUGAACUAUCAACAGGCAUGCCUCGGAGAUCUCGUUUGGAUAGACCACCUGCCCGACGUCCCUUUGAUCCAAAUGAUAGAUGCUAUGAGUGUGGUGAAAAGGGACAUUAUGCUUAUGAUUGUCAUCGUUACUUUCCCAACUUGAAAAAUAGGUCACGGUCUAGAUCACAUUCGAGAUCCAGAGGUAGACGAUAUUCUCGCUCACGGAGCAGGAGCAGGGGAAGGAGGUCGAGAUCAGCAUCUCCUCGACGAUCAAGAUCUGUAUCUCUUCGUAGAUCACGAUCUGCUUCACUCAGACGAUCUAGAUCUGGUUCUAUAAAAGGAUCGAGAUCACGGUCAAGGUCAAGAUCAAGAUCCAGGUCUAUUUCACGACCAAGAAGCAGCCGAUCAAAGUCCAGAUCUCCAUCUCCAAAAAGAAGUCGUUCCCCAUCAGGAAGUCCAAGAAGAAGUGCAAGUCCUGAAAGAGUGGACUGAAGUUCUCAAGUUCACCUUUUAGGGAAAAGUUAUUUUGUUUACAUUAUUAUAAGGGAUUUGUGAUGUUUGUAAAAAGUAACCUAGGAAGGUUAUUUCAACCAUCUAAUCAAAAUGGAUCUGGAUUAUUACUCUGUAAAUUCACAGCAGUAAGAUAAUAUAAAUUUUUGUUGAAUGUAUUAACAUCUUAUGGUUUGCAAAUGUGAGUUUUUAUUUGGCACAUUUAAAUAAAGUGUUUCUAACUAGAUUUUUGAUCUGUGUUCAAUAUUAAUACUUGGUAAGCUUCAGUAGUCAACCUUGAUAUCAA